GGGCGGUGGAGGGGUCCCUGAGCUGACUGGGUGACAUGUGUCCAGUGGUGGUGCUUGGGAGGUGGAUCCCAGUGAAUGUUUGCUUUUCCUUGAGCAGCUAACCCUGUCAGCAAUAAGCCAGUGAGUUGUUCAGUUUGCUGCUGGGUGCACCGGCAAGAGGCAGCGGAUACCCGCAGGAGCAGCAUUGUCAGUGGGAGAGCAGAGAGAGAGAGAGAAACCAGCCCUGCUCCAAACUCACCCACCACCCCCACCCCCCAACCUUGGCUGUUUGUGGCGCCGGGUUAGCGGGAAACGCCGACCGAGGAGAGAACCGGGAUGUGUAGCGAGCAGCAGUCCCAGGGAUGAGCGGCUGUGGCUGUAAGGUGUGUGUACCAGGCAGGGAGCUUCUCUGCUGCUAAUCGUCGGGGUGCCUGUGCGACCGGAACUGGAGCUCACGCCUGAUCGAUGUGAUUCGAAGCUGCUGCUGCUUCUGGGGGUCGCUGGAUUUGUGACCGAGAGAUUUCACUGAAGAUGCUGUUUCACUUCGGCAGCACUCUGGCAAACCGGCCAAACUCCCGCAGCGGUUCACCGGUUGGCUUAUUUCUGGUGUUUCUUUCCCAGAUCAGCGUCUCCCGGUCUCUCCUAACAGGCUCCGUGGCAAGCUGUGAGAACGAAGGCGCUGUGAUAGAAAUCCCAAGAAUUACAGACAACCCGUGCAUCUCCUGUCAGUGUUUGGUAAGAGCACUUUCACCUGAACACAGAGCUCAGAACAAAGAAGUAAGAUGUACAAGAGAGAAAUGUCCCGUGCUGCCAAAAGACUGUGCUCUCGUUAUCAAACAGCGAGGAGGUUGUUGUGAAAAAUGCAAAGAAUGCUUGUUUGGUGGGAAGAUAUACAACAGCUCGGCAGCCUGGCUUGUACCCUCCAAGCCCUGCAUAAUGCGGACAUGUCAGGAAGGUGUCAUUACAGAAUCAGAGAUACUGUGUGUGGUCUACUGUAAAAAUCCCAUCAUGCAGCAGGGAAGCUGCUGUCCAGUGUGUCAAGGAUGUGAGUUUGCUGGUCAUCACUACAGAGAAGGUGAAGAUUUCUACCCAGAUGGAAGCCGGUGUAUUAAAUGUUCCUGCACUGGCGGCACACUGCACUGUUUCCGGGAAUUGUGUCCCAUUCUCUCCUGCCCCCAGCAUCUCAGUCAAGUGCCACCUGGAAAAUGCUGCCCUAGAUGUUUGGGUCAGCGCCGAGUGUUUGAUCUUACUGCUGGGAGCUGCUUGUUCCGCAGUGAGGUUUAUGAACAUGGGACAGUAUUCCAGCUCGAUAACUGCACCAUUUGUGUGUGUGAGGACUCCACUGUGGUUUGUCGGAAGCGGUGCUCAUUACCUGGAACAUGCUGGGGGAGAGCUCAGUGCUGUGAAGAAUGUCUCUCUUAUAUCUCAGCUGAUAGUCUCAAAGUCUGUCGGGUUGGAAACAGGAUUUACAGGGAUGGAGAAAUGUGGUCAUCCAUGAACUGCUCUCUCUGUGCCUGUAAGAAGGGAGUGACAGAAUGUUGGAGGAAGGAAUGCUCCCCCAUCAAGAGCUGUCCUGCGGGUAAAAUCAUUAACAGGAAUGGAUGCUGUCCAAUUUGCACUGAAAAGCCAGGUGUUUGCACUGUAUUUGGUGACCCUCACUACAACACAUUUGAUGGAAGAGCCUUUAACUUUCAAGGGACUUGCCAGUAUGUGUUAACCAAGGACUGCUCUAGUGCAGCUAGUUUCCAGGUGCUGGUACAGAACGAUGCCCGCAGGACUUAUGCCUACUCAUGGACCAAAUCCAUCGAGGUGGUGCUAAGUGGGACCAGUAUUAGCCUCUUGCAACAUCUAACUGUGAAGAAAGAUGGGAUGAAGAUUUCUCUGCCCUAUAAGAACCAACAAUUCUCCAUUGAGUUAGAUGGCUACUUGGUGAAAGUAGCAACAGAAGCAGGUAUUGUGAUUUCCUGGGAUGGAGACAGUUUUGUGGAGGUACUGGCGACUCCAGAAUUGAAGGGCAAACUUUGUGGUCUGUGUGGGAACUACAACGGGCACAAGCGAGAUGAUCUGAUUGGUGGAGAUGGCAAUUUCAAGUUUGAGGUUGAUGCUUUCGCUGAAUCGUGGCGAGUGGAAUCAAACAGCAUUUGUAACAGACCGCAGCGGAGAUUACGACCACAUCUGUGUUCAGGGAUUGUAAAGGUGAAGUUUCGGGCUCACAGGGAAUGCCAAAAACUGAAGUCCUGGGCCUUUAAGAACUGCCACUCAAAGGUAGACUACGUCUUGUUCUACAGAUCCUGUGUCACAGAUAUGUGUGAGUGCCCACUACACAAGAACUGUUACUGUGAGUCUCUGAUUGCCUAUAUGCGUGCCUGUCAGAGAGAAGGCGUCCAGGUUCACUGGCGACCAGAGAUGAGUUGUCUUGCUACCCAGUGUAAGCAUGGUGCCAUAUACGACACAUGUGGUCCAGGCUGUUCCAAGACCUGUGAGAACUGGAAUGAAAUUGGUCCUUGCACUAAGCCAUGUGUGGCAGGCUGUCAUUGCCCAGCAAGCCUGGUACUUCACCGAGGACGAUGCAUAAAGCCAGCCUUAUGUCCCCGGUGACACAAUUGGGAACCCCUGACCUCAAAAUCAAUGGUGAUGAUUCGAAAACAGCUUCUUUCACCAGCUUUGGAUUGACUGCUCUGACAUUGUAAUUUCAACAGAGAAAGAAGAACGCAUGUAUAUUUUCAGUAUGAGCUAAUUGAUCAUUGAUUAACCAUUGGGAAAAAUAUAUAAACUGAUUUUGAAUGUAUAAACAGACUUUAAAUUAAUAUAAAGAGAAAAGAACUUAAGCCAGUCAAAAAUCAUUUAUUGUACUGCUUUCAACAUUUAAAAUAUUUCAGAAAUCAGUGUUUAAUAUUUAAAUAUUGGCCAUUGCACAUGUUUCUGUACAGUCUGCUGCAGAAAAUUAACUACAAGAGUGAGAAUUAGCAGUUUAAAACGGUGCAUGAAUGAAGGGCACUUUCUCCUCAUCAGGUCAACAAGGUUAGACCUUAUGUCUCUGAAAAGAGGCAAGACUGAAUAUUAUUUGAUAUCAACAAGGUUUGUUCAUUUUCCAUUAUUUGUCAAGACAGACGAUAAAGGAGCUCUGUGAUGGGUAGUAUCUUUAACAUCAGAUGCAGGUUGGCACACAACACAAGGACACACAUGGGCAAAACUUCAAACUCUGAAUGUCGGGGGAAACAACAGCUGGCUCUUUGUC